CGUACCGUAGCUAGCUGUGCGCGCCGGUCAUGCCGCUGUUAAUGUCAAUUUGACACGUCGCAAAAACUUUCUUCGCCUCGGCCGGCUGGGUUGCGUUGUGUUACAUGUUGUUGGUUGCAAGUUAGUUGUGCUAUGAUCAUGGUGAUGAAGAAACGGUGUCCGCUUACGUAAAUUUAUAGAGUAUUUUCUCGAUUAGUAAAGGGAAAGCCCAUCAUUCAAUGUUCAAGGUCCUACAUGCCCUUAAUCUAUUAAACACUGCAUUCUGACGUCAAUAUGUGUGGGAUAUUUGCCUACAUCAACCACUUGGUGCCAAAGCAGCGCAAGGUCAUCUUAGAGACUUUAAUCAAUGGCCUGAAACGUCUGGAGUACAGAGGCUAUGACUCUGCAGGUCUUGCAGUUGAAGGAAUAAAUACAUCACCGAGAGAGGAUGUCAAGUGUCGUGUUAGCCGUAUCAUCAAGAAGCAGGGCAAAGUCAAGGCUCUAGAGGAGGAGAUUGCCAUGCAAGAGGAUCUGGAUAUGGAUCUGGAGUUUGAUGUACAUUGUGGCAUUGCGCAUACUCGCUGGGCAACUCACGGUGUGCCCAAUGAAGUCAACAGCCAUCCCCAACGGUCUGGAGAGAACAAUGAGUUCUUGGUGAUUCACAAUGGAAUCAUCACUAACUAUAAGGACAUCAAGACUUUCCUUCAGAGCAAGGGUUUCAUCUUUGAGUCAGACACAGACACAGAGGUCAUCGCCAAACUCAUCAAGUACAUCUACGAUACACGGGAGGACAAGUACAUGACAUUUCGCGAACUGGUGGAGAGUGUCAUUAUUCAGCUGGAAGGUGCUUUUGCCUUGGCCUUCAUGAGCACUUAUUUCCCUGGUCAGUGUGUGGCUACACGUCGCGGCAGUCCCCUGCUCAUUGGCAUAAAGACCAAGCAGAAAUUGAACAGUGACUAUGUGCCUAUUCUCUACAGAGACAACAGCCACAGAGCAACUACCAUAGAGCGGUCCAUCAGCUUGAGAAAUUUCGAGAUUGUUGGGGAAUCUAAGGAGGCCGAAUACUUUUUUGCAAGUGAUGCCAGUGCUGUUAUAGAGCACACAAACCGAGUAAUCUACCUGGAAGAUAAUGAUGUAGCAGCUGUGCAAGAUGGAUGCUUGUCAAUUCAUCGAAUCAAGAAGGAGGAAGGAGACCUUAUGUCCCGUGAGGUACAGACACUCAAGAUGGAACUUCAGCAGAUUAUGAAGGGUAACUACAACUACUUUAUGCAGAAAGAGAUUUUUGAGCAGGCAGAGAGUGUUGUCAACACGAUGAGGGGAAGGCUGAACUUUGAGGACUUCAUUGUAAAUCUGGGAGGCUUAAAGCAUUAUCUGUCAGAAAUCAAUCGCUGCCGAAGACUUCUUUUCAUUGCUUGCGGAACAAGCUAUCACUCAGCAAUGGCUACGAGACAACUCAUGGAGGAAUUGACUCAGCUACCUGUUAUGAUUGAGCUUUCCAGUGAUUUCUUGGAUCGCCGCACGCCCAUCUUCAGAGAUGAUGUCUGCUUCUUCAUUAGCCAAUCAGGUGAAACUGCAGACACUCUGAAUGCCCUACGUUACUGCAAGGGACAUGGCGCUCUUCUGGUUGGAAUUACCAAUACUGUUGGUAGCACAAUCUCCAGAGAGACUCAGUGCGGUGUUCACAUCAAUGCUGGACCGGAAAUCGGCGUAGCCAGUACCAAGGCAUACACCAGUCAGUUCAUUUCACUGGUCAUGUUUGCACUCAUGAUGAACCAGGACCGCCUGUCAGGAGUGGAGAGAAGGAAGGCCAUUAUUUCUGAUCUGCGGAGAUUACCCGACCUUAUCAAAGAAAUCCUGCUGAUGGACGAUAAGAUUAAGAAGCUUGCGGAGGAGUUGCAAGAAGAGAAAAGCAUUCUCCUGAUGGGGAGGGGCUUCAACUUUGCCACUUGUCUGGAAGGGGCAUUGAAAAUCAAGGAGUUGUGCUACCUCCACUCAGAGGGUAUUCUGGCUGGUGAAUUAAAACACGGUCCAUUGGCUCUAGUGGAUGAAGACAUGCCUGUCAUUCUCAUUGCAAUGAAAGAUGGAACCUACACGAAGUGCCAGAAUGCCCUUCAUGAAGUCCUGGCAAGGAAAUGUCGGCCCAUUGUCAUCUGUGACAAGACAGACAUAGAGAUGCAGAGAGUGUCAUCCCGAUCCAUCGGCAUCCCUGGUUGCGUGGACUGCCUACAAGGGAUCCUGAGUGUAAUCCCCUUACAACUACUGGCAUUCCACAUUGCUGUUUUGCGUGGCUUUGAUGUUGACUGCCCACGUAAUUUGGCGAAGUCUGUCACUGUGGAAUGAAAUUUCUCAUUGGUGCAGUUUCCAAGGGAUUCUGUACAGUUUGUUUUCGUGACAUCAGAUUUCCCUUUUGCCCUAUUCGGUUUUUGGUUUGUUUUUGUUUUAGCAAGUAUUUAAAGUAUUUGUUACAUGACAGUAAUUCAGCUUUCAUGUUUCUGUUUGCAUGCACUUACAUUCCACAAGGCAUGAGUAGUAUCAGUCAAAAAGGCAUUCCCAGUCCCAGACGGAUGCAGGAUUAGAUACAGUUGUAUUUGACAAUGCCAAGUAGGCAGUGCGUCCCACAGUUCUGUGGCUCACAGGUAUGUAAAGCAGGGGGCUGGGCCUCACAGGACAGUGGGACUGUGCUAUCUUGCUGUUCCUUCAGUCUAAUUCUUAUCAUUUUCUUAUGAUUUGGAGAGAGCAGUGGCCAUGCAUUUGAUAAACAGACUUAAUAUUUUAGCCUGGUUCUGCAAGGAACAUUUUAAGAUUCUUUAUCAAUUCAUUUUAAAUCUAAAUGUUUUAUGUGGACAUGUGAAACCUAAGGUGUAUGUGUUCAGUUGUUAUUUACCAAUUGUACAUUUAUGCCAUCAAUGGUUAUGGAUUGCUAUUAGAUGUAUGGAACAUAUAUUCCAUCUGCGAACUACAUUUACACAACUUCAUGCAUGUAUUUAAUAUUAAUAACUCAUAAACCAAACAGCAUACUCCAGGUCAGUUCUGUGGGUGCUGUUAUGUACUUGUUUCUGUCAUAUACAUGGUGUCACCGAUUUUGUUAGUGAGCUCAGCAUUGUCUAGUUUUAAAAGUUUUUAGUGUCUUAGUGAAUAUUGAAAGAGUAUUGACAUUAAGUGUUGCAGACGUCCAUGUUUUGAAAGGAACAUAUGUAUACAAAAAACAGUACUGUAGUCGAGACCAUGUCAAAACCAAAACAAAACCAACACAAAACAUUUCAUUCAUUUUAAUUUAAUCAUUUAAACAAUUAACUUCAAUUAAUUUAUUCAUUAUCCCAGCAUGAAACUAUUUUUCUCGCUUUGUACCAAAUUAAACAUACAAUGGAUCAAAACAGAAAUUAAAAGUAAAGAUAUAAAUGUAAAAAGGAUAAAACAUCCAUUAGAAGUAAAAAUUAGUAGAAAUAUUACACCAGAUAUCGAUAAACCUCCUAAAUGUCACAAAAUAGGCCACAUCGAGGAAUACCUGGGGACAUUGGAGAGAGAACGAGGCCAGGCAGAAAUAAGAUGGGGAGUUAACAGUUUAAGAGGAGGACACACACGCACACACAAAGUACAAGAAUAUAAGGAAAUGAAAUGUACAUAACAAGGGAAGGAAACAGAGGAAGUUAUAGGAUUGAAACAAGGCAUGGAAAUGAGCAAAGAGAAACAACAAGAAGAGAGAGGGAUACACAGUAGAUGAAUGGCAAUGGGCAACAAAUAAAAUGAUGAUAAAUAAAUAAAUAAAUAAUAAACUAAAAGACGCGUAAAUGAGAGCAGAGGGGGAGGCAGGGGAAAACAUUAAUGGAAGGCAUUUCAAACAAAAAUACCUCGAGUAUCGCCACACCAAAAAUAGCAAAAAGGCAAGUGAUAUGACGAAACUGUGGUUAAAACAAGAAUUUGCAUUAGGUACCGCUGACAGACGAUAAAGAUUUGUAUUGGAUUAGGGGUGACGUUAUUUGCCAGACAUACUAUAAACAAAAAUAUGUGAAGUGGGUGAGUAUUAUUAUUGAUCUCAAAUAUUGGACAGUAACACCAAUUAUUAUUUCUGGCAGAUUUAAUGUUUCUAUUGUUUUGUCAACAUUAUCUACCGGUAGACCAUUUACCCACGUAAUACAGGACAACAUAACAGACACUUUGAUAAACUAUCCAAAGAACUACAAAAAUGCAUUCCAUUGUCAUUCAUCAUCCUGUUACUUCAGAUUGGGCUUUUGACUUGUCAUGUGACUGGUCUUGUGUCAUGCUGUCAUGGUCUCAAUUGCAGUACAAUGCAUUUUAUUUUUGCAUCCAUACAUUUCAUCUCUCCUCAGACAUUGCACCAGAUUAUGAAUGACCAUCUUUGCUUAAAGUAGCCUGCUAGUAUAGUCCAGGGUUGAAUGAUACAGUAGGCACUGAAACAUUGGGGGGCUCAAGAAAAACUUGGGAGCCCCCUAAAAAUACCAGAGUGUGCUUUGAAACUCAAACUCACAGAAUUGUUUUAAUUUGAGAGUCUGUAUCUGCAUUUUUAUUGUUUGAAACGCUUCCAACAAGCUAGCCCAGUGUAACGUGUAACAUCAACAUAAAUUACAUAAGUUCCUGUGCUUCGAAAAUCAGUGGUGGUGACGCUCACUGAAUAUGAAUCUGUGGUUGAACCUGACUUCAGAGGUCAGCAAUACAUAAUCAGUUUGUUGGAGCUGUUGGUAGUAAGUUUACAGUAUACGAACUUUGAAAGUUUUUUUUUCUGUUAUAUGUUUGGUUGAUCUUUCUUUUAUUGUUUAAACGCAGAGAAUGAAGCAUUUAGGUUUGUCCAUUGUGGUCACGUCAGUUAGGAAAGACACGGGGCUAUAUUUAAAAGCACAUUUACAACUCAUUGGGCAUAUGCAUUCAGUUUGGUAUUGCUGUUCCUGAGAUUAAGAACGAAGUACAUGCAUGUAUUAUUAUUUCUGACAUCCUAGCUUGGGUUGGUUUUUCCCUCUUCCAAAGAGUAUGUCCAUUGCUGCUUUUGUGAGCUGGUUUCUUUGGCCAUGGAGGAAAGAUACAAAGAGUUUGAAUUGGCCGGUCUACAACAUUUGGCCAAUUACCGCUUUCUGGCAUGCCCGAAAUGUCCAUAUCCAGAGCGCAGGAUCAGGAGCGUUUCCUAACGCAUCAUUUGUUUCGCAGUCAUGAGACCCUUUUAUACCCAAUGAUCAUCGCCGCAAUUUUUCGCUGGUAAUCUGCAUCCUUAAAACUUUGUGUACUGAAGUAUAGGACAUUGAAUAGUGUUGAUUCGUUGGAGCUUGGUAUGCUCUCUCAACAAUAUCAGAUUUAAUGUCUUCUGCAGUUGCUUGUGUUAGGGCGUGUUCGCUAAAUGCUCAUGUGCUGUUGCAUGUAUCGCCCUUUUCGAACGCUUUCUUUUGGAGCUAUGUUUGGGAAAAAUAGCCAGUUUAUUACCUUUGUGUAUUAUUGGAAUCAUAUUUAUUACUGCAUUUAUACAAAGGCAUAUUUCAUAAGAUCACAUUGUCACUUCUUUUGAUGAAAUAGCGCAUUUUGUUCAUGAACUCAGCUUUUCAGUGGUGGUCAACAUGUUUGCAUCGUAGCCAAAUUCGUACCAAGUUUUUAAAAAGUGAUGCUUUGGAGGAAUAAAAUAAAAUUACAAACACUGCAUGGAUAUUUGAACAGCGUAUUAAAAUAAAAGUUCGUUCACGAUGGCAAAGGUAGGUCUAACGUUAGGGAUUUUUCUCUUUCUAUUUCCUGGUUACAGCGAUAAGUUUUCAAUUUGAAGCAAAGCACCAGUAUAACUAGAAUAUUACUGGCCCCACUUGUCUGGCUAAGAUGCGGGAGUAACCGGGCAUCUUUGGAAUGAUUUCUGUUAUUCGUCUGACUGGUCGGCGACGAUCAUUGGGCACUUUGAAGUGCCAGAGUUGUAACUCCUCCUCAGUCUUUUCUCCAUUCUUUGAUAUGCUGACUGAUGUUAAACAGUGUAGCAUCUUUACUAUCAGAAAUAGUAUCAGAAUUAGCCCCCCCCACCCCUAAUAACCCUUAGAGCCAACAUCAAAUAUUUCCAGUUCUGAAAAUGGUGAUAAUUCUGGAAGAAUGUGCAGUUUAUAACUAAGGUUUCCCUUUAAAAAGUGCCUUUUGGGUACUUAAUUAUUUUUGCCCUUCAGCAGUGGGAUUUAUAUGAUCGCCGGGUGUCCGAGUAUGCAAGAAAGUAAUGAAAAAGCUUACUCGGGUGGAACCUGAACCCACGACGUCUUAACAGGCGUCUUAUCCACUCAAUCACCGAGCUUGCUGAUCAGCUGGCUCGUUCGAGUCUUUUAAAUUGUUGACACUGUAGUCACGGUCCCACUCUGAAAAUGGGAGUAAACGAUGAUUUAAAAAAUUACUUCGGUAGAGGGCAGAACCAAAUGCUAAAUUUGCCUUUCUGUGACGCAAAAUUCCACCAACAGUAAGUGAAAACUGUCAAAAU